AGCAUGGUUAGCAUGCUUUUCGUAGCUGUCAACAGAGGGAAGAAUGGGGAAAGUAGCUUACAGGUGUGUUGAAUGUAAUGAAAAAGCGUCGGAGCUGCACAGAGAUUACAGUAACGGGAUCCUGAAGAUAACCAUAUGUGAGUCUUGCCAGAAGCCAGUGGACAAGUACAUUGAAUAUGAUCCAGUUAUCAUCCUGAUUGAUGCCCUUUUGUGCAAGACGCAAGCUUUCAGACACAUUUUGUUCAACACAAGCUUGGAUAUCCACUGGAAGUUGUGUGUGUUCUGCCUGCUGUGUGAGGCUUACCUCAGGUGGUCUUCACUUCAUGGCUCAAAGCAGAGCAGCGACCCUGCUGACAUCAUCAGGUACACCAAGGAAUGGGAGUUCUACGGCAUGUUUGGAUUGGCCGCCCUCGGAAUGUCUUGUGUUCGUCCCUGCAGAGCUGUCGGCGUUCUGCUGUGGAGUGCUGUGGUUCCUUUGGAUGGUGGUGGGUCGUCUUCAGGGCAGGACCAUAGAGCUCAGACUGCUCCUCAGAGCCCUGCUGCUGUCCUGCUACGGCAAGGUCCUCUUCAUCCCCGCAGUCAUCUGGGAGAAUGACUACUCCCCGCUCUGCCUGGGCUUCAUCAAGCUGUUUGUGCUCACCUCAAACUCACAGGCUAUCAGAGUGAUCCUGAACAGCAGCAGGCGUCUGUCGCUGACGGCCGUGUGCGUUGGCCUGCUGUCGGAGACCUGCAUGGCUCAGGCCGUCACCAGGCUUCCGUGGAGCAUCCAGGACAUGUUGACAUUUGACUGAACGUCCCAAUUUAUCGGAUUGAGACGUGCCAAUUAUCUCAGGGACAAAUAAGAUGACGAUGAAGGAUGCUGAAUCCAACUUUUGAGGACCUUCAUGACAUGACAAAUAUUUAUUCUUAAGAGAAAUGUUAGACAUUCUUCUGUUAACUUGCAAGACUCAUGGAAAGAAAGACAAGAUUGUGUAGCAGAGAAAAGAGAAAAUAUCCCAUCUGUUGUUUGGAAGGACACAGAGGAAUUGCCAGUGGCCCUCGUCCUUUUUUUUUUUUCUUCAUAUUUUUGGUUUUUAAUAUGGAAAACAAGCUCCUGAGCUGAGAUUUUCCAAAGCAGAACUUACUUUCUUUUUUUUACAGAAAGCCCCAGAGAGGAGCAACUACAGCAAUGGGAACAUCUGCUGAUCUCAAUGACUGUUAAACAUGCUCUAAUUCCAGUGUCCACGUUCUCCCAAGAAAAAACGACAUAAACACGGACCCCGAGGUCGUAAUUUGACAAUAACCACCUCUCUGUUUAGACAGGAGCCAGCCCAACACUCCCUCCGCAUUCUUCUGCUCAUCGCUCACAUUCUUACCUUAAUUCACACGCGUACACACACAGAUAAACAUAGACACACAUGGUGGAAGAGAUAAGUGCAGCACUACUGACUUUCACCUUGUUUAUUUCUAUGCUAACAGAUUAUAAACUGUAUGUGCCAAUGUGAUUUGCUAUUAUUUUUAUACUUGAUUAAUCUAUUAGUUGUUUGAUCCAUAAAAUGUCAGAAAAAGGAGGAAAAUGUCUGUCUCAAAAUACCUUCUUUUGUCCAAGUCAAAGAAUUUAACUGUUAUAGAAGACAAAAGAACCAGAAAAUAAUAACAUUUGAGAAGCUGGAAUCAGAGAAUUUUCACAUGUUCUCUUAAAAAGAUGACUCAAAACAAAUAGUCAAUUAUCAGAAUAGUUGGGGAUUCAUCUAAUAGUGGGCAACUAAUCAGUUAAUCGACCAAUCAUAGACAGAAGAGGUAGAGAGAAGUAAGGAAGCUGGUGUUAAAACUGCUGUUAAUGACCAAUAUUUUACUUUGAUAUUUGUAUUAUUAGAGCUGCAGGUUUUAAAUUUAAUUAUUCUCAUCAUCAAUUAAUUAUUUAGGCCGUCAGAUGUCAUAAAAAAGUGAAAAAUGCUCCUCACGCACAUACCAGACCUCAAAGUGACGGCUUCAGAUUCAUGUUUUGUGUUACCGAUUUUCCAAAACUCCAAAUAUUCAUAUUUAAAAAGCUGCAACCAGAACAUGUCUUUUCCCAAAUGAUUAAAACAAUUAUUUUGAUGAUUUCUGACUAAUCUCAACUAAUCUACAUCAUCCGAUUUCAUCAUUCUCACGACAGCCCAGUUACAAAGUACCAACAUUAUUUACUUUUGUCACUGUGAAGCUGCUGCAAUAACAUUUAGAGCAGCUCAGUAUGCUGAAAGUCACCACUGAAGUUAUUAGUUGCUGUUUUAAGGCAAGCUGAGUCAGCUUUUACAGAGUGUUGCAUGAAACCACAGCUGACAUCUGAUUUAUAGUAUUUAUUAUCAUAAUCAACAUGUUGAUAGACUGCAGCUGAUAAACCCUGUCGGCCUCAGGAAUGUGGAGCGCGUCUGUAAACAGAGCAACGUUCAAUCAGUUAAACAAACGUCCACGGCAGACCGACAGUGUGUGUGUGUAUGUGUGUGUGGAUUUUUUUCACCACAGCUGAACACAGCCUCGGUCCCACCAGGAGUCUUUGCAGGAGUUGUGACAUUAUGAUGAACUGUAGCAGAGCAGAGCAGAGACGGGCACGUGACAACAGGCAGAAUUCCUCCUGAACAAAACCAUCUGCUGAGUGAGAACUCACCCUGCAGCACUCAUACUGACAUUCAGUGCUGCACGGAGCAUCUAUAUAUUAUCAAAAUGAAUAGUGAGACACUGGUUUCAUCAGCAAAAACGUAUGAUUUAUUCUAUCUGAUAUCACUGUUAUUGCCUUUGUGUUUUUAUUUCUAAAACAUUGUGCUCCAUCUCCCUUCUUUUGGGUGUUUUUUUUUAAAGUUAUCAUUCAAGAUAUGUAUAUUUUCUGCUAUGAACACUCCUCUUUUGACCCAAGAGAACAACAGAUUACUAGAAAAUGAGGUAUAGUUUCAUUUAACUGAGGCCUAUUGACAAUAAUUGACCAUAAAUAUGUGUAAAACCUGUGGUAAUAAGUUACUUUAUGCUUUAAUUAACAGUCAAAAAGAACAUGACAUAAGUAUACUGUACUAUACUGCUGCUCUAGCAGGUUAUACAGUGAUAUUAAUGCUAGUGUUCUACAAGUUUUUUUGGAAUUGAUCCAAAGAUAUAUUUACAUCAAGCAGCUUUAAACAAUGAACUUUGGAAGUUGUCAUAUUACCUUGAGCAGCAGCUACUAGGAUAGAAAAAAACUCCCAGUAGCUCGCCCACAUAUUUGUCGCAUUGUUGUUUCUGACUCUUGAAAAGAAGAUCAUAAAUAUUCUGCGCUCUUCAAAAGUGAAUCAUACUUCCUACGGUCUUAAACGUGCCUUUUGUUGUUGUAAAUGUCAAAGAAGUAAUGUUGAAGCGUCUGUGGUUCCAUUAAAGACGAGAUUUGCGUGACAAAUAACGUAAAGCGAACUUGAAGAGAAACGAACUGCAAGAGAAACGCUUGAUAAUUGCUGUCAUGUACGCUCUGAAACUUCCUGUCACACAGAGGGAUGAAAAAGGGGAGAAAAUAAAAUGCUAUUUAUUUUGAAAUGGCUCAGAUUUGUAUGUGCAGGGAGUGAAUAGCAGAGGAGGAGACAGCUCACGCGAGUGGAAUGUUUUGUUAGGUGUUGUUACACUGGGUGGAUCUCUGUUUC